AUGAGGGAUGAACUUGAACAGGUCACUCUUAGCCAAAGGAAACGGGUAGGGAAUGUUGUUUACAAGUACCUCUUGGAUGACCUUGAGGCUGCAGGCCUUGGACGUAAUUUUAAGAAGCUUGAAUCUGUGCCUAGUGCUCCACUUCAGGUGUAUAUAAAUUCAAGGCCUGGCUAUUAUGGUGCCAAAGGAAGCUCAAUAAUUGAAUCAGUUCUAGUGCAGAUUAUAGACCUCAAAACUACUCCAAUUCACAGCUUUUGGCCACUCAGUCUCUCACGGUUUACCCGCUACUUUCUUGUUCCAUUUGUUGCUUGUACACUAAUAUCUGAAGACUUGAAAUGCAGUCUUGAGGAGGCCUACGAAGAGAUAAUAGCUAGUGGAAAUGCAGGCCAAAACAUUCAUCUGUAUGAAGAGAAUGAUAAGCAACUAGACAAAAUCUCCAGGGCCGAGUUUGGCACAAAGAUGAAAGAACAUACUGAGAUUAUUAGUAUGCGCCGGAAGGAGCUCAAGGACAUUGCUAAGGAGUGUUUUUUGGAAGAGGCCACAAAGUAA